AUGGCUGGCUGCGCGAUUGGUUUCAUGGGCAUUGCGGCUGCUACGGUGGCACAUUCGCUCCCCAACGCCCUCGUCGGCUUCGCGAUGUGGCGGCCCGCGGCGUUUUGCUUGCUGAUGUCCACGCCGCUGGUGUUGCUGCACGUCAUGAUGUUCAGGACUCGGAUGUCGCAGCUUCGUGAUCUCUACGCGGCGCUCGUAUUCCACACGGCGGGCGUCAUCGGCUAUUUCCUUAUCUCGGUCGGCCUUUCGUGGUGGAUCCUUGUGCACGAGUGGGGCGUGAGGGCUGACCUCAGUUCAUAA